AUGGCUCCUCAAUACGGCUAUCGAGACACGACUUCACGUGCCAUCUUGUGCUCGCAGUGUCACCCUAUUGUCGAUCACGCUGGCCGCCUGCUGUUGGUUGGUGCUGUCGCGUCGUAUCCCCCUUCAGCCCAUGAUCGCGUCUUGUCACAUUCUCGUCUUCUCCAGGAGAUUUCAGACCCAAUUUGUGGGACUCAAGACUACACGGCGCUGGCAAAACUUGCCGACACAGAUGCCUCUACCCCGCAGGCCAACCACCUGUGCGACCUCAGCUGGGCCGCAGCCUUGUGCGACCUUUGGACGCUGUUACUCUGGAUCGCUCGAGAACAUAGGGUUCGCCAGCCAACCGCUGCGGGAAACCAUGCGACACUGCUCCGUCUGCGCCGUGAUCUCUCUGGUCGCAUUCUGUGCAGGAGGUUCGAGCGCCUUGGAUGUCAAGAACAGAGACGGUAUUCACAGAGUGGAAAAGAUACAUGUGACGAUACUCGACAACAUCCAAAGGAGAGAUACCACAGCCUGUCCAACGAGCUAUCUCUUGUGCCCAAGCAGCGCGAGUGGCGGAUGUUGUCCAGAGGGAUUCGGUUGCGCCACCGAUUCAUGUUUUGCUCAUGUCCAACCAACUAUUUCCUCUGCCCGUCGUCGUUGAAUUAUGGCUGUUGCCGCGACGGCAUGGGUUGCGCAGCGAGUGCCUGUUAUUCCACCGAGCCUUCUACGUAUAGGAUUACGAGGACAGUCACGACUACGAAUGCGGAUGAUGAAGAGGUCACAGUGACGGAGACUGCAACAACCGUUUCAACGCCGUCACAGCCAACAGUAUACCCGACCGGCGCGAUUGAUCAGGGCGACCAACAGGUUGUCGUCAAGUUUUACCCGACGUCCCUGCCCAAAGUCGAGCCCAAGGUGACUAAGGACGAUGAUAACGGCGGCAGUGGUCUUUCAACAGGAGCCAUCGUCGCCAUCGUCGUUGGUGUCGUCGGCCUCCUGAUCAUCGUGGUGGCCGCAACAUUCAUCAUCCUGCGUCAUUUGAACAAGGUCGUCAAGACGGUGGUCGAGUCCCAGCCGGGAACUUCGACCGGAUCCAGAGCAGCCAAACCAAAGCCUUUUGUUUCUCAGUACCAGGUCGCUGAUAAGCCUACGCCAUCCGAGAUGACCAGUCCACGACCUUCAACCCGCAGGCUCGACUCAGACUCCAGCGGCGCCAUCGGACUCGGCGUCGGUGUCGGCAGCCCUGGCUACGCAUCACCCCCUCUGCAUACUCCAAGCCCAAACGCGCCAGCCGGCUACCAGGCGGUGCCGACGACUUCCGCGGACCGUCACGCUAGCUACGAUUCCACCUUUCGGGGUGGCGUCGGUUAUUUUGACAUGCCCUCGGAGCAAGAACGUCGACGACCAUCUCAGCAAUCGGGCAUCUGGCCGUGGCCAUCGGGCGCGCAACCGCAACGCCAGAGCACCGACUCGCAGACCACGCAACAAGCGUACGCGCAGGGUCACGGACGCCAGUGGAGCAACGCCAGCGAACAGAGCAAUCCCAGCGAUAUGGUUUCGCCGAUUCAUCAGCAGUUCGGGGCGCAAGAGCUGGAUAGUGCCAACGCCGUGGUGCCAGAGCUGCACGCGCAGUCCGCUCCAUCGACUUACCCCCCGGAGUCACCGGUAGACCCCCGGCGCAGCAUGGUCAGCGCAGUGAGCUCGACCGUCGCAUCACCACGGCAGCCAGCACCUCAUUCCCGAAGGCGGAGUGGUGAGGGGAGAACACACAGCGACAGCGUCACAGCCGCUCAAGCGCCAUUGAGUGUCGUCACGGAGGACACGGAGCUGAUCGGACACUACGGGCCGCCGGAUUCUGUCGUGGGACAGACGGCCGCCGGGCAUGAGGAAUGGGUCCAAGAGAUGGCGGGUUCCCAGGGCUGGGAUCAACCACAGCAACACAAGUAG